AUGUCGACCCUGGGUACUCUGGGUUACUACACUGACUCACACAUUCCACAUGAGGACGAUGAUCAUUUGGCACCAAGGUUUCCCACCACAUCAGCUCUCCAGAGCCAGGCUCGGGAGCCAACACUGUCUGAAUAUGGCGAACCUGACUCGUAUCCGUUCCAGGUCAAGUCGGCUAUUUUUGGCGCGUCGUGGAGCCCCGUGCCGGUCCAGCCACCAGGUGGGACAUCCAUCGCGUACCAUCCUUACAUACAUCAGCCGUGUCCGACAAUCGAUUCGGAUGGCGGGUCUGCCCGCGCCUGGGCGAUCGAGCCCCUCUCUGCGUCCGUGCCUUUCGGCGGAUUACCGACGGAUGUGCACCAUGAUAUCAAGCUCGAACCUUUGGUCGGGAGCGGGGAGUGCACGACGCUGGAUGCGCGGACACUAAUGCUUCCAGAUGCCGAAAACAACGCGGCCCCCGCGGUAAAGGAGGCGGAUCUGGGCCAUGCGGAUUUGGCCGAGCCCAGCGACGAGAAAAUGUCAACGGAGACUAAACCUGAUCUGGACCCGAAUAAUCCUGCGGCCAACUGGCUACACGCGAAGUCCACAAGAAAAAAACGCUGCCCAUACACUAAGCACCAGACUCUCGAGCUGGAGAAGGAAUUUCUCUUUAAUAUGUACCUGUCCCGAGACCGUAGAUACGAAGUGGCAAGACUUCUAAAUCUCACCGAAAGACAAGUUAAAAUCUGGUUCCAAAACCGUAGGAUGAAGAUGAAGAAAUGCAACAAAAAUCGUCCGAAAGACAUGUGAAGUUAAGGGGAACUGAUGAGUGGUUUGGACAGCGUUCUUUCCUGCGCACAAGGAUUUGGUGUUAUGCCUCUGAUGUGAAACAGACAGUUUAUUUUGCACAAACUCAUUUGGAGAAUGUGCCUGUGUUCUAAUUGCAUCUUUGUUAUACGGUUGUUUGUUAGUCCUAUUGUGUCGUGUUUGCUUGUUGUAGGUCCGAGUAUUUUUUGGUGUUUUUCGAUUUUGGGAGGCUUUUCAUGUGAGCUACUGAGUUCAGGGAUGUGUACUGAAAUGCUCGAAAUAUUUAAUAUUGUCGAUUUGCAUGACUGUCGGUGGCUUUCCAAA